AUGUUGUCGAAUACAUCAAUGUUAGCCAGCGACACGCUCAAUCAAACUUAUCGCCACGAGGCCAUCCCAAAUACGAGCAAUAUGGUGACGCUGCAAUAACGAAUCGCUCAAGAAAUGUGUAUUCGAACAACAACAAAAAAACUCGCGCAGUACAAACAAUACCGCCGCUAUUGCAAUGCGGCAGGCUGCAGCAAUGACUGAAUGACAAUGAGCCGAUGAGCGACUUCGAAGGCUCGAUGUGGCUGGCGAACUGAAGCGUUCCAGCCGGAAGUAAUGGCAGAUUCAAAAUCCGCGAGAACGGCCAUUCUGGCGUCAGUAACAGAAAACCGUCUUCCGGCUCGUGACUGAGAUCUCGAUCUGUCGAGGCCAGCCGGUCUCAAAGUUUCACCCGGCUCAUGGGCUAUUUACCAAACGUCUUUUUCGCUGGCGCGCGACCUGGCGUUACGCAACACAAGCAAAAUCUUACUAACCGUGAUGAAAGCGGUGUGACUUCAGAAAAGAAUGGCUCAUGUGACAGUCUUCAGCAAGAAUGGAAGCGACAAUGAUCUGGCACGCGUACGGCUGCCGUAAAAUUGCUGAGAAUGUCUGCCAGCGAAAAAAGCGCAACUCGCGACUCGAUCGACCAGCUCGUCGGUGCUCCAGAAUGUGCUUUACAACUGCUUUCUGUAUUUAUCCGUGGCGGACGCAUCUUUCGAGGUGAUCUCGGACUGCCUGUGAAGUCUCGCGGACCACGAUUUCACUGCUGAUCAGUGGCCGGUCGUCAUUCCGCGGUGUCAGCACGACACCAACGACGAGCGAGAGAUGACGGAAAUGGGGUGCGGUACAUCUUGACUCGAGACCACAUGGUUAACGAUCUGUAAUAAACACAAAUGAACCCCCAUCAAGCUGUAUAAAGUCAACAAAUCAACUCAAACAAAAACAAAUAGUGAAGUGCCUUCAUCGAGCGCGUCAAAAUUUGCUGCGCGCUGAUGAGUCGAGCAAGGCAAUUUCCGACUGGCCGACUGUGCUCGAUGAAGAGCCUGUCUCGUGGUCGUCACCGCAGGCAACGGCUAUUUAUAUCUGUUGCUUCAUUCAAGUAUCGAAGAUAAACCAAGUGAAUUUGGCGAAGCCGACCGAAAAGAAUGAAUCAAAUAAAAGCUCCAUUUACUGAGCGACCAGAAUCGCGAUAUCGCACGCGCUGCCGUUCCUGAAGCCAGGCAUAAAACAUUUUCAGACAUGUUGAUCACUAGAAAAUUAAUCAAAAUAUUUUCUUGUUGAAAGUAUUUUUUAACGGUUAGGCUCGGUAGGUCAGUACCUUCGCUGAGUGAACUGAAACGCAUGACGAUUCAUCAACACUGUUCGAAGCUUUUGCGGGCAAUUCAUUCAUUUCAGUUUUGAGUCCUCGGCUAUGCAAAUGGCAAAAGUCGGAAAUAGACCAUUUUCAACAGCUUCCAUAUAAAACCAAAACUCGAAUAUCGAGGAGGCGAGACCUAUGUUGCGCGCAUUUUCUCCUGAUCAGGCUCGACGGUUAAUCGGUGUAUUGUUAAUUAUAAAAUCCCAGGUGGCAGCUGCGGGAACAAACGAUGCUGCUUCCACCUUUGUGGGCGGUGAACCCAUUUUCGUGAAAGUGACACGUAAGGUGAACGAACGUGGCUGUGCAGCUGUCGAAGCCUGUCCAAGGAUAUUUUCUAAACUCGCUGUCAGAAAGCAUGGAGCAAUCAAUCGACCUGUGACAACGACACCUAUUCAGAAGAAUCGACGACGAAGAGCAGAUCUCAAAUGACUGAGGCAAUAACUCGACAAAAAUGGCUCUUGUCUAAAUCAGAUAACUUAAUACUGUCGUGAAAAAGUUUCAUGACUGGCAUUUUCAUUGUCUGAAUCCCGCGCAAAGGUAUGGCGCCAAUAUGUAAUGGAGAGCCUGCAUUCGAAAAGUGAUGAAGGUCAUCCGAUAUGAACAAAGACAUCCACAAUCGAAAAAGGAAAAUAUGACAAAACAAAUGGUUCCACCUGGAAAAAUCUGUUCCGCCAAUUUAUUAACGCCUGGCAGGCAAUCGCUUCUUCAUUCAUUUUGCUUUCGCUUGUGAACUGCGAUAAGUACGGUUGCAGAAGAAGCCCGUUAGUCGCUGUUCCCAUCCGAUUCUAUCGAAAUUGCUGCGGAAACGUCGGUGAAGGAAGAACGGAAACAACGAAGGAAAAAGUGCGCCACUGGCUGCGUGGUAUUGAUACAGUGUUGAGAAUGUGACGGGCACAGGCUUGCGGCAUCCUGUUCUGCUCGGGCGAUCGUCGGCUGCUGCAAAGCCAGAACGGCUCAUCUGUCUGGCAAACUAUGGAAAACUAA